UGUCACUGUCACAAAUAAAAGCAAUAAUUUACAACAAUGACAAAUACACAUAAUCGUCUUUGAAUCAUUAAUAUUCAUUCCAAACAAAGGAAAGGGAAGUCGCCAUACGUAACAUGUGUGUUUUUAAAUGAUAUUUGCACUGGAAUAUAAAAACUGCAUAUCGAAAUAUCGAAGGACGACGUGUUUAACAAUGUUAUACUGGAUUUUGUUACAACGCGACUUGUAAUAAGUUAUUAGUAAAUUACGAUGGCCGCAGCCUUGGCAAACGACUCGCCCAAGUAUCGCAAUAGCUUAAUAUGCUGUAGCCCGCGCAGCGCCGAUGUCACAACGAGAACUGCCUCAUCAUCUUCCACAUCAGGAUGUGUUUCAGCGGACGAGAGCUACGACUCCAAUUACGUGCCGAAAUCGAUCGCAAAUAAGAAAUUAAAAAUCCACAGUUCUGCAACACGGGAAGAAGUAGAAAAAGCUAUAAAACAAUGCAAAGAACUUGUUUUGAACAGUCCUCAGUGCUCUGACGAGCGGAAAUGGUUGGUCAGGUACUUAGUGGAAUUGAGGUUGCGUUUGGAGGAUUUAAAAGACAAUGAUGGUGAGCAGAGAGUCAAAGUAUCCAUAAAAGGUCAUCACUUUGAACAGCAAUUGAAUCCUAAUAACAGAAAACAGUAUUGUGAUCAUUGCAGUGGAGUUAUUUGGAGUAUAGUGCAGUGUUCAUACAUUUGCUCGGACUGCGGCUACUUAUGUCAUUACAAAUGUGUUGAUGAUAUAUGUAGGAUGUGUGCACAUGUAGUUAUGACAGAGAAAGGUCAAUUUGAAAUGAACAUUUGCCCGGAAAAAGGUCUUUCAGCGCAGGAUUACAAAUGUGCGGAAUGUCAUACUGCGUUAACAUUCAAAGAUUCAUGGAAUGAACCGAGGUUAUGUGAUUACACUGGGUUAUAUUUCUGCGCUACAUGCCAUUGGAAUGAUUUAUCUCCGAUCCCUGCGAGAGUUGUACACAAUUGGGAUUGGGAGAAACGUUAUAUAUCAAGAAUUGCAUAUCAAAUGUUAACAUUAUCUUGGACAAGGCCAUAUAUAGAUGUUGAAAAUGUAAAUUCCAAGUUGUUUAGUUUUACGGCUGAGUUAGAAUGGGUACAUAAAAUGCGAAAGGAUUUAGAAUGGAUGAGAAGGUACCUAUGUGCGUGUGUUGAAGGCAGCUUAUUACUAUCUCCAUUAUUUAUCCAACUAGGUGACGUAAACAAGAAGUACAGUAUGUCUCAUUUACAAGCAAUCAAUGAUGGUACAUUAGAAACUCAGCUGACAGAGUUAACUGAAGUUUGUCGAACACAUAUAACAAAUUGUGCGUUAUGUUCAGGUAAAGGAUAUCUAUGUGAAAUUUGCAGUAAUAAUGAGAUUUUAUAUCCGUUUGACAGUGGCGCCAUCAUGUGUGAGAAAUGUAACUCAAUGUACCAUAGAGGUUGUUGGCUCAGAAAGGGACAGAAAUGUCUUAAAUGCAUGAGAUUAGAAGAUAGGAAGAAGACGAAAGAAGAAAGUGAUGUUGAUACCCAUUUAGAAUAUGAUAUAGACAAAUUUGUUGAAUAAUACAAAUGCAAUUGUACAUAACGUUAAAAUAUUUAUUUAUUUAACAUUUUCAUGUUAACAUAAUUGCUUUAAGUACAUUUUAAUGCAAUAUAUUGUGAUAGGACAAAUAACAUUGGCAUGGUGCUGUACAAAAAUAAAGAGAAGCUUUAACAUAAAAUAUGUCUUUGAAUUUAUUGAUUCUGUGGUUAUAGUUGCGGCUUAAAUAAAUUCUUUUUACUCUA